UUUGCCAUUGAAAUUGUUAGAUGUCAGUGGUGGAGGUUAAUGUUUACAGGAAUAUCACAUCGGGAUACUUGUCGGAGAAUUGCGCAAAUUUAUAUAAAUAGAAUUUUUUAAGAUAAAUCUAGUGCACUAUGUUGGAAAAACCGUCCGGACCGGAUAAUCAAAUAUCCAAGGAAGAUUACUUAAUAAUGAGAGCUAAGGAAGCUUUGCCGGUUGAUAUUUACGCUGCGAAAUCGUGGCUAAUUACUGCAAGAUCUCUGUUUCCUCACAGCGCAAAGAUUCAGUUCGAGGCUUAUCGUAUCGAGAAGUUGUCGAAAAAUGUGAAAGAAGCGGCAAAGUGCUUCAGUGAAAUAUUUCAAAAUUUUCCUGAAGAUCGUGAGAUAUGGAAAGAGAUAGAAAUGGUGACAACAUGUCUACGUCUGGAACAGUGUGACGGCGAAUCAGAAUUUCUCUGCCAAAUGUUCCAACACAUUCCGCAAGAGUUGCAACACAGGCUGCUUGUGAUGACAGCUGAUCACAGUGAGGACACUAUGGAGCAUUGCAAACUGUUGCUCUUACUGAUACGUAGAUUUCCCCAAACCGUAGCAACCCAUGGACCACGUUUGGUGGAAACUCUCUUGACUGCGGAAAAGCACAGUCAUCCGGGCAAGGCUGUGAAUGGUUUCAGAAAGUUAUUGGCUUGUGACGCAUUGCCGCUGUUAGGCGCAACCUCGGUAGAGUUGAAUCCUCGCCUCUGUUUGCGACUGCUCUGCAAAGCAGUGGAAUUUUAUUUGGCUUAUAUACAACAGCCGCAAGACGCGCAAAUUCCGAAUCCGUGGGAUAGACUGUUCCAAAUUGUGGACUUGAUAGGCAAGAAAUUGGGAUGGGAACUGAGCGGUUUGUUUGCCACGCCCUGGAAUCGCGAAGUGUACAGCGACCGACUGCAACAGUACGCGCUUGCACACAACACAAGUCUGUGCGAGGAGUCUCUCAUAGGCAGGCAGCUGUUGAUGUGCACAGUUGUGAUAUUACUGAGAAUAUUGAACGAACACGCCACUUUUCUCAACAGUGAUGAAACGUUGUACUGUCUGGUGGAAGCUUUCGGAGAAGCGGCGCAUUCUCCCGCAGAACCCAAAUUGAAGAAGCGCAAACGAGAUGAUAGUGCUGGAAUAAUAAUAACCAGCGAUUGUGACUACAAUGGCAACGGCUUGGCACUGACGGUCAAGCUAUGGGAUUUAUUGCACAGUACCGACUAUCUUCAGAGAGAAAUAAGCAAACUUAAUCAACAGCUGCGGCUAGACAGCUGGCUGAACCCGUUCUUAACUGAUUUGUCGAUGUACAAAGGUUUACAUCACGAAGUGCUAGGCAGAUUGUCGCAGGAAGGCAACAGUUUGACCGUUAAUCUUCGUUUGGCCAGUACAUGCUUCUUUUUAAAAGAUUACAAGGGAAUGCUCGAACAUGUUUCUCUGGUAGCAAGCUCAUUGCCUACUGUACCGGGAAAAGUAUCUUACAAUUUAACAGUCCCAAGUGUGAGGCAUUUGCAUUAUCUGACUCUCGCCCGAUUCCCUAUCUUACAAUAUUGUUGCAGAUUGCUACUCUCGGCCAUAAAGGAAAAUUUUUCCUUGCCUGGAAGCGUCGGGGAUUUGGCUAUUGGACACGCGUUGGUUCUGAUACAAAUAGACUGGCCGCAAGAAGCUAGCACUUUAACCACAAUUACUGAACGUAUUCUCAGUCGCGGAAGUUUUUCUUAUUCAUUAUUCCAGAUGUACAUAAUAUGUGUGGAUAUUCUGGAAGAACUGACGUAUCUGUGGACCGAUCAUGGUGGAGGAGUAUCAUUGGACAUAAGUCCCAGUUCGGGGAUUGUACAAAAUCGGCGUAUAACUACUCGCGGUGCCGACAAAGGCGUGCGUGAGGAAGUGAAACAAGCUAUGCGUCGUCAAGCCGCGCGGGACGGUAUUGACCCAUUGGACGAGUUGUUACAGAAAUUUAUUAUCAACGAAAAAACCGCUAUUUUACAUAGUUUAAUUAUUCAAUGAGCUAAGUAAAAUUAUUUAACAAUCAUAGAAUUUUCACUAUUUGUUAGAAUUUGUACAAAUUAAAAUAAAGUGUAAAAUAUAUGAAA